AUGGCAGACGUCUCGACAUCCCCCCCCCUCACCAGGGCCUCGGUCGUAGCCGCCCACGCCCUCGUCAAGCCGCACGUCCACCAGACGCCGGUGCUCACCAACCGCACGCUGUCGGAGCUGGCGUCCACCCCGCGCUCCGCGGAGGCCCUGAGAGGCACGCGCUUCGAGGGCCGCCAGCCGGCCCGGCCCACGCUCAGGCUGUGGUUCAAGUGCGAGAACCUGCAGCGCGCGGGGGCGUUCAAGGUCCGGGGGGCGUUCCACGCGCUGCAGCGGCUGAUGAUGGAGGACGGGUGGGUCGACGGCGGCGGCAAGGAAAGGGGCGUGGUGACGCACAGCUCCGGCAACCACGCGCAGGCGCUGGCGCUGGCGGCGCGGGAACACGGCGUCGCGGCGCACAUUGUCAUGCCGGCGGGCAGCGUGGCGCAGAAGAUGGCGGCGACGCGGGGGUACGGCGCGACGGUGUACCUGAGCGGCAGCACGGCGGCGGAGCGGGAGGCCCGGGCGGGCGAGGUGGCGGCGCAGACGGGGGCGAGGCUCGUGCCGCCGUACGACCACCCGGACAUCAUGCUCGGCCAGGGCACGCUGGGGCUGGAGCUGCAGGAGCAGGUGGCGGCGAGGGGCGCCGCGCUGGACGGCAUCGUGGCGCCCUGCGGCGGCGGCGGCAUGCUGUCGGGCGUGGCGCUCAGCGCCGAGGGCACCGGCGUGCGCGUCUUUGGCGCCGAGCCGUCCUUCCAGGGGGCCGACGACGGCCGGCGCGGCUACUACGCCGGCCGGAGGGUCGAGUCGGUGCGCAGCCUCACCGUGGCCGACGGGCUGCGCACCCCGCUGGGCGAGUGGCCGUUCGACGUGAUUUGCCGCCGCCGGCUGGUGGCCGGCAUGUACAGCGUCACCGAGGACGAGAUCAAGGCGGCCAUGAGGCUGGUGCUCGAGAGGGCCAAGCUGGUGGUCGAGCCGAGCGCGUGCGUCGGCCUCGCCGUCGUCCUCUUCGACGAGGACUUUCGAGCCAUGGUGGAGAGGGAGGGCGGCGAGCGAGGCUGGGAUCUGGGUGUUGUCUUGACCGGCGGCAACGUCGGCCUGGAGGCGCUGGCGAGCAUGUUUGCGUGA